AUGGCUUCGGCUUCACUUCCGCCUUUCUUCAUCUCGCGGGACUUCCAUUGGCUGUCACUGACGCGCCUGCGGGGUGGGCAGAGGCUUCUGGGACAUGUAGUUUAUAAGUUCGUGGCCGCGGGGUCCGAGAACGUGGGGGGCACCCUUUGGUGCUUUCCCAACUUCUUCCGUGCGGAGCUGGAGUGGAAGCAGAGCUGUAAGGAGUUCAAUCGACUCAUCAAUACCCUGGAAGCCGGAAACCGGACAGCUGGUUCCCAGUUCUUUCUGCUGGGGCUCACGGAUGACCCGGCCCUGCAGCCGCUCCUCUUCGGCCUGUUCCUAUGCAUCUACCUGGUUACCGUGCUGGGGAACCUGCUCAUCAUCCUGGCCGUGUGCUCCGAUGCCCACCUCCACACCCCCAUGUACUUCUUCCUCGGGAGCCUGUCUUUCACCGACAUCUGGAUCAGCAGCACCACCGUCCCCAAGAUGUUGACAAACCUCCGGGCCGGGGACCACGGCAUCACCUACGCCGGCUGCCUCACUCAAAUCUGCUUCGUGUUGAUCCUGGGUGGCUUUGAAAGCUGUCUGCUGGCCGUGAUGGCCUAUGACCGCUACGUGGCCAUCUGCCAGCCGCUGAGGUACACGGUGGUGAUGAGCCCACGCCUGUGCGUCCUGCUGGUCCUGCUCUCGCUGUGUGCCAGCCUCCUCAAUGCCCUCCUGCACUGCCUGAUGGUGCUGCGGCUGGUCUUCUGCACGCACCUGGAGAUCCGUCACUUCUUCUGCGAGCUAGUGCCCGUCAUCCGGCUUGCGUGCUCUGACCCCCUUGUCAACCAACUCCUGAUCUAUUUCGUGACCAGCCUGUUUGCUGGCAUCCCUCUUUCUGGCAUCAUCUUCUCUUACGGCCGGAUCGUCUCCUCGGUCUUGAGGAUGCGGUCAGCCAGGGGGAGGCACAAAGCCUUUUCCACCUGCGGGGCUCACCUGUCAGUGGUCUCCUUGUUCUACGGGACAGCGUUCGGGGUAUACAUGAGCUCGACCGUGGCCGAGUCUUCCGUGGGAAGUGUUGUGGCCUCGAUGAUGUACAUCGUGGUCCCCCAAAUGAUGAACCCCUUCAUCUACAGCCUGAGGAACAGGGACAUGAAGGGGGCCUUGAGGACUCUCGUGUGUCAUCUGCACUGUGCUUGCGUCUUCGGAAGGAGUUAA